CGCCUCGUAACCGGUUUAUAAAACGGGUUUAAGUGUAUAUGGAAAUCUCAUUCUCCCCUUCUGCUCCCGUACCACAAUGUUCCCAGCUUUGGCGUCUCCGCAAGAUAAUACCUACGUCGUAGACGAUAACCAACUCUAUCAUCACUCUUCACCCACCUACCCUCACCUGCGACAGUAUCCAACGCCAUCUCAUUUCUCUUCCUACUCAAAUACUUCAUUCUACCGCACAAGUCCUGAAGGACUUCAGCAAUAUGACUUCGACGCCGACGUUGGACCCUCUCUUUCGCGUAUGAAGGGAGUUCCGAGCAAUACAGUUAUUCCCUCCUCGAUUACAGCUCCACCACCACUGCCACCGCAGUAUAUAAAAUCCCAACUUCCACUCAUUUCAUCUCCUCCGACUCCUGCAACGGAAGGUUCUCCGGAUUCGGACUCUUUUGUACCCGACCCACCUAAACGAAAAUCUCGCCAAAAACCUAAAAUUGAAUUGGCUCCAGACCAGCCCACCACAACUCAGGGGAAACAGAGAAAACGCGUAUAUGUCGCCUGUGCGCAAUGCCGUGCGCGUAAAAUACGGUGUGAUGGUGCUAAACCAGUCUGUCACAAUUGCCAUCAACGAGCAAAUGGCAAUGGUGAAUGCAACUACGAUUCUGUUCCUCGCAGGAGAGGACCAGACAAAACACCCGGAGCUCGUCAGCGUAUGGCGCGGGACUCUAGGGAUAGUGACUCAACAAUUCGACGGCGUCGCAAACGACCUGAAACAUCCAGUCCAACUUCAACUGUUGAUGAAACGAGGCCUUCUCUUUUGCAACCUUUCCCAAUCGUGACAGAUACUGGCCAUGGCUCAAUUUCACCUGCAUCCACGGGUGAAUACAUUCAAUCACCAGCCAACUACACCCCGGUGGACGGAAUGUCACAUCCUCUGGUGUCUCCCACUCAAAAUUACUCUCCUUCGCCAACAGCAUCACAGUUUCCCAUCCACUAUGAACCAAAUUAUUCUUCUAUGGUUCCCAUUGGUGGGACGGCGACGCGAGCCUAUAUCCGGUCUCUAGAUGAUGACGAUCGGGAUUCAGGUGACAAUGAAGACGUGGCGCGUGGCCCAUCUCUCAGUUUCACGAAGAAGAUAUGGUACGACUCUCUCUGCUCACUGUACGCAGCGCCUCAUUCCAAAUACGCUUGCCAACUGUCCAAUUCUCAACGGGACCGGAUUUCUCAGAAUAUUAAUGACGACCUGCGCUUUCUUUUUCGAACAUCAAAUUAUUGGUUCUCCUUUUUCCAUUUGCCGAGUUUCUUUGGAUCUUUCUACGACCCUGUCAAGCGAGAGACCAUUCAACCGUCCCUAAUCCUAGCGGCACUUGCCGUAUCCACUUUCUGGCAAAGUUCUGAAAUCGGAAAAGGCGCCGCAGGGCGACGUCAUUCUUUGAGGUUCCGAGACGAAGCGCAGUCUGCUCUGGAAGCAAGCUUUAAUAGUGGCUGGAUUGAUGAAAGCCUCGCUCAAGCCGCCUGGCUCCUCGCGUUAUUCGAGAUUUGUUCUCACCCCGAACAUAGUACAGCUCGGUCCGUGUCGGCAAUUAUGAUGUUGGACGCAAUCAUACGCAGUCUCGCGCUGACGGAUGUGGAUCGUAACGACCCUCAAGCGUCAGUGUUUCGUGUUGGUGGUGUGCCUUCGAUCGGAGUACGCGAACAGCUGUCUUUAUCAAGGACCUCAGAAUGUGGCUAUCCCUCAAUGCCUAACGGUUCUUAUUUUACAGCCAGCGGCUGUUCUUGUCAAUCUGUGACCCUUGGUACGCAUUGGCCGCAAUCUCUGGAGCAUGUGCCCCUUUGGGCUCAAACGCCAGCUUGGGACCCAAACUGGUCCGAAGCCGAGGUUAAGAAAGAAUCUUGUCGUCGUCUGUGUUGGAGUGCGAGUAGUCUUGCCGCCGGACACGUAUCCUACGCUGUGGCUACUAGCUCUAGCCACCCUGACCUUUUCAUAGGCGAUCCUGCCAAUUACGCCCUUCUCUUUAGCGGAGAAUCCUUCAGUCGUUCGACGUCAUCGAAAGACUCUGUGUGGGCCUUGUAUGACCGAUGCUUUUUACUGUGGAACAGCUGUGCGAAAAUGCGAAAAAGUCAUGAUGUUACGGACGCUGAACGCGCAGAUUUUGCUAUCAAGUCCUGGCUGGAAGCUGACAACAUUGAGACUGCCCUCAAUAGGCACACAUGCGGUAUUGAGAAGGCGUUUCUUUUCCAGGGACGAGAGUAUCUGUUCAAUACGCGAAUGUGCAUCACUUACGAGUUCCAACGCUACGUUCCACUGGCUACAUCGCACGUCAGUGGUCUGUUUCAUCGCAAAAAAGCAGAAGAGUGGUUAUCCCACCAAACCGCUGUGGCUCAGAGGAUUAUGAACGGUUUGCACACUAUAACCGGAAACUCCGGCAAUCUAUUAGCACGACGGCCUUUCUUUACAUUAUGGUUCAUGGCUCAAGUUUCGAGAGCGCUUUCUCUCUGGCAAUGUGAUCAAAGCAUGGUGCUUGCGCUGGAUGUUUGCAAGGCUUUCCUACCAGCUAUCGAUUAUUUAAGUGCUUUAUGGCCAUGUGAAGAACAACGGAGACGUUACGAUAAACUACGGGCUCGGUUGGACGAUGCCUGCAAGGCCGCACGAGUGCCGCUGCCUCCACCACCCAACUUAACACCACCUAAUCCAUCAUCAGUCCAGUCGAUAGUUUAAAUGUACCUAUAGUGACUCGUACUGUGUAUCAUUAGCUCCUGAUAUUUUUAACUGUAAUAGGACAAUACGCAUGUACUCUGCUUCGAC